AUGCAGAUUAAGGCUUUUGUCACUUCGUUCCUCUGCCUGGCUGCAGCCCAAUUCGCUGUCGCAGAUGAAACGACUACCUCCACCUCAACAAUGACCAUCACCAAGACGCUGGUUCGCGUCCACUCGGUCACUUCCACCCCCAGCGUUAGCGCUAGCGCUAGCAUGACUCCCAGCUCUAGCAUGGCCACUAUGACUUCCACUCCUCUUGUCCAAUCUGCUACCAAGACCGCCGCCGCUACCUCCGCCACCCACACUGGCGGUGCCGUCAACGUGGCCGCUGGUAUGCCGGCUGCUCUGAUCGCUGGAUCUUUUGCGCUGAUUAUGGGCGCGGCCCUAUAA